AUGCACACCAAUUGGUAUAUCUAUUGCUUAAUAUUCGCUUGUGUCAUAAACAAUAGCUUCGGCGAGAAGCAAGUUCUCGUCAAGAGAAUACAGUGUGCGCUAAAGAGCAAGGUAAUAGCCAGUGUGGAUUGCUCGAAAGACAAUGAUACUUCCCUUUCGUUUUACAUGAAAACAAUCCAUGACAUUGUGAGGCUUUACGGCUUAUCGAGCCUAUACAUCUACAUCACUGGUAGAAAGAAUGUGGUACAGCUUAAAGGACUACGCACAGAGUUCUGCCAAUCGUUGACGGAACGCAAGCGUCCCAAUUUGCUGGGAUUGAUCAAUGCGGGACUGCGAAAAGCGCACACGAACUUUCCACAGAAAUGUCCCUUUCAUAGCAAUACCAGAUAUAUAUUGGAGCAUCUUCAGUUCGAUUCCAAGUAUUUGCCCAACUAUAUACCGGAGUAUAAUUUUACGUACAUUGGCAAGUUCUUUAUGAACAAUGUGCUCACGGCUGAAGUGAAAGUCACUGGAGGAGUUUGUAAUGUCGGCAAUGAUUGUAGAUGA